GGCGGAGCGCGGCGGAGAUGAGCACGGACGGUAACGGGGGCGGCGAUGGGCACGGACGACUUGAUCGAGACGUUCAGGGCGCAGCUGAGGGACGACCCCGAUGUCGCCUCGGCCGUGGCCGCCAUCCGAGCGCUGCUGGGGUUCCUCAAGCAGGACCGAGGAGAGACCAUCCAGGGCCUGCGGAACAGCCUGCGGGACGCCAUCGACACCCUGUCGCGGGUGGACUCCUCGGUGGCCGUGUCCUCCGGCGGGGAGCUCUUCCUGCGCUUCAUCAGCCUCACCUCGCUGGAGUACUCGGACUACUCCAAGUGCAAAGAAAUCAUGAUCGAGCGCGGGGAGAUCUUCCUGACCAAAGUGUCUCUGUCGAGGAAUAAAAUCGCCAAGCUGUGUCACCCGUUCAUCAGAGACGGUGCUCGAAUACUGACACAUGCCUACUCCAGGGUGGUCCUCAGGGUGUUGGAAGCAGCCGUGGAGGCCAAGAAGCGAUUCAGUGUUUAUGUUACUGAGUCACAGCCAGAUGAAGCAGGGCAAAAAAUGGCAAAAGCCCUGAGGAAACUGAACAUUCCCGUGACUGUGAUUCUGGAUGCUGCAGUUGGCUACAUUAUGGAGAAAGUGGACCUGGUGUUAGUUGGUGCUGAAGGUGUAGUUGAAAGUGGAGGCAUUAUCAACAAGAUUGGCACCAAUCAAAUUGCUGUGUGUGCCAAAGCCCAGAAUAAGCCAUUUUAUGUGGUAGCAGAAAGUUUCAAGUUUGUCAGACUCUUCCCUCUCAAUCAGCAGGACGUCCCUGACAGGUUUAAGUACAAAGCAGACACUCUGAAAACAAGUCAGAACCUAAAAGAGGAGCACCCCUGGAUUGACUACACCUCCCCAUCUCUGAUCACUCUGCUGUUCACAGACCUCGGUGUGCUGACUCCUUCAGCUGUCAGUGAUGAACUCAUUAAACUCUACCUGUAACCCAGAGACACAGAGGCACAGGAUGUGUCAUCUCCAAGGACUGCCAGGGUUCUGAGAACUUGGAGGAUACAUGAAUAUGGCAAAGAAAUGCCAUUAGAAGGAUUAACAUAAUUAUGGACCACUGUUGAAAAAGUUCCCAAAGUUAUUACAGCUCCUAAAGGCCACAACUAAAUUAUUUUAAAGAGGGAUGGAUUAUUUUGAUACUUUAAAUAAAAUCCCUUAUGGUGUAUCCAGA